AAGGAAUUUGAUCAACAUGAACAUGACAUUAACAACAUGCAUGAGAAUCACAUCCCUACUUUGAUCAUCAUCUAUAUCUAUAUGCACAUUUUGCACUACCAGCUACUCAUGUAGAGGGAAAGGGGAAGGCGAGAAGUCAGUAAGCCAAAAUUUCAAGCCAUGGCACUUGAGUCAUGUAAGUUUGGGACAAUUUACAGGAGGUUCAAACCACAUCUCCUCAUGGUUCUAACUCAGUUUGGCUACACAUUUCUCUAUUUCCUAACAGAAGCUUCCUUCAAUCAUGGAAUGAAUCCUCAUGUCCACAUAACUUAUCGCCAUAUCGUAGCUGGUGUAGUGAUGUUGCCUUUUGCCUAUUUCCUUGAAAGAAAAGUAAGACCAAAGCUGACAUUACCAUUGUUUAUAGAGAUAUUUGUGUUAUCUCUUCUUGGGGUUGGCUUAACUUUAAACAUGUACUUUGCAAGCUUGAGAUACACAUCACCAACAUUCCUUGCUUCUAUGGUCAACACCAUUGCUUCCUUGACUUUUAUAGUUGCAGUAGCACUCAGGUUAGAGGUCGUUGAUGUUGCAAGCCCUCGUGGGAUGGCAAAAAUUUUUGGGACACUAGUCUCCUUAGCUGGAGUUAUGACCAUGACGCUGUACAAAGGGCCUAUGUUAAGAAGCCUCGGUGGUGCUGUAGUCCACAUCCAAGGAAAUACGAUUCAUGAGAACUGGUUGAAGGGUUCAAUUCUUACAGCAGCAAGCUGCAUAACAUGGUCCAUCUGGUACAUCAUGCAGGCAUUCACAUUGAAGAAAUAUCCAGCACAGCUUUCACUGACUACAUGGAUGAGCUUUAUUGGGGCAGCACAAUCAGCUGUCUUCACGGCAUGCAUAGAACAUAAACGGACAGCAUGGAUCAUUGGAUUUGACAUCAAUUUAUGGUGCAUUAUAUAUGCUGGAGUGGUGUGCUCAGGAUUGAUAAUAUUCAUUCAACUAUGGUGCACAGAAGCAAAAGGACCAGUUUUUGUAACCAUGUUUAACCCGCUUUCAACAGUGUUAGUGGCAGUUCUAGCAUACUUUGUCCUUGGUGAAGUGCUGUAUACAGGCAGCAUUAUUGGGGGAGCUAUUGCAAUCAUUGGUCUCUACUUGCUGCUGUGGGGCAAAGAAGGAGAUCAAGAAGUUCAGACCAAAUCUCAAGAGCCGUUACAUCUGACUUAUGAAGAGCAAAAAGAAACCAAGCUUCAUGUCAUCACAUCAAAGGAGAAGGCACUUCAGAUGGACCCCUAGAAUUCUAAGACCACGUCAGAUUACUGAACAGAGAGGAAUCACUGUAAGCCUAUCAAUUCAAGGAUAAAAGCAGCACUGCAAAUAAAGUUAGGUUAAUUUCCUCCUUGUUUUGGUUUUCUCCACAAGCUUCUAUGAACAUGUUGCCACAGAACCAAACUAAUUGGGUGAGUUAUAUGAAAUCCAAGUCUUAUGGUGUCAA